AUGGAAAAGGAAAACGAAACUAAGAGCAAAAAGGAUCAGAAGAAGGAUCGACGCGUUAGAAUUAGGCAAUAUGGCAAUUUCAGAGGAUACUAUAAGAAACGAAAUGCAGGGACUCCUGAAAAUGAUUCUCGUUUAGAAUUCUUGAGAAAGGAAUGGUUUGAAGACAAGGAGUGUCUUGAUAUUGGUUCCAACGAUGGCACAUUAAUUAUCUCCAUUGCGAAAAUGUUCCGGUGCGAGAGCAUUCUUGCAAUUGACAUUGAUCCUGAACUUGUUGAGAGAGCAAAUAAGAAAUUGAGAAAAGCUGCUGAAAGUGAAAUGCAAAUUGGUGAGUCCUUCAAGAAUCUGAAUGAUGUGGUCACAUUCAAACAAGAGAAUUUUGUGGAGAGCCAGCAUCCAGAACUCUAUCAUACUGUUACUUGGUAA